CUUCAGCACUCACUUUCUUAUCUGGACCUCCAACUUUUUUGACCUAAGUCUCGACCAUAAGUUUCAAAUAUCUUUUAUCUUUAUACCUCUCUAUAUUCAUAUAAAUGCCUAAACGUGUCACAGUGAUUAGUAAAUAUAAACGAGACUUGAGAAUCAUUAGAUGUUGUCUUCUAUAGUUUCUUCAAUGCUGUUUCUUCUCCUUCUCGUGUUUUCCUUUCAUAUGGAUGAAGCUUUUGGUGCUCAAACUGAAAUCCGCAAACUUAAAGAGACAGUCAAUAUGAGGAGGAAUUUGGAAGGCGAUGACCACAGAAGCUCCAAAAUGCACAUUAGACCGAGCAUAACGAAACGUUGCUCGGGACCCAAAACUUUUAAAAACAUGGCGACCACUUUGCGUCCUGAUCAUGGUGAGUUCCGUCCUCUUCCAGGAGGAUACUCGUCCUCCCUUUGUUCAGCCUGCAACUCGUACUCUUCCUAUUGUUAUACUAUUAGCUGCACCACCACUGAACGUUGUCAAUCGUUCAACGGCUCACCCAUGACAUGCACUCGGUCCGAGGAAUGUCACCGCAUAUAUGGCCAUUAAUCCGAUCCGUAAAACUUUAAAUGCAUCUAUAUAUAUCGUGAUGCUUUUUCUAUGGUUCUUUGUUUCGUAUGCUUGUGUGUUGCCACUUCUAUACAUUUUAGGUUUAUCGGAUGCAAAAUUCAAUACAUGUGUAUGAUAUAUACUAUCUGUUGAACUUUUUCUAUUUUGCCUCUUUGUUAGUUGGAGUUGUAAUAUAUACAUAUAUACAUAUAUAUAUAUAAUGUUAUAAGAAAUUUAUAUC